UAUGUCCUGGACCGGUAUAUUCAUCGAGAUGAGAAUCUGUAUAUCUUAUGCAUACACUUAACAUACAAUCUCAGGAUUAACUAACGGGACAUGUUAUACGUACAGGUCAGCGACUGACCGCCUUGGAGUCUUAAGCAAAAUGUGAUCUCCCCGUCACGAACUCUGCACCAACAUUACCAAUGCGAUAGUCGCUGGAUGAGACGAAGCGUGGGGAACGUAGUGGGUAUCUUCUCAGUGAACAUACCGCAAGACUUAAUAAGUCCCGCUACAUAAGAGCGAACCUCCGGCGACUGAACACCCGUUGAGCUCGAGUUAAAGCAACGUCAUGAACAUUCAAGACUACGUGAAGUACUUGGUCUGCAUUAUAAUUUUGAUAAAUGGGGCGUCAACUUCGCGUGAUGAAAAAUUAAAGGACAACGAGGUGGAAACAAGGGACGUCAGAAAUGGACGAGGUGUUCUGGAUUUAUUAUUUGGAAGAUUUCGCACGUGUGGUGGCUGUCAGUGCGGAAGACCAAACCGCGGAGGGGCUCGUCUUCUCGGGGGUGAAUUCACCGACACACAUGAAUUUCCAUGGCUCACCAAUGUUCAUGUCAAAUCCACGCUUCUUGUCAGUGGCGUUUUGAUAAAUGAUCGAUACGUGCUAACUUCGGCCAGUCAACUCGUGGGUGCCACGGCUCCUGAGAUAAAAGUCUCCCUUGGGGAAUACGACAGAUGUAACCUGGACAUUUCUUCGGUGAACAUCAGUGCGGAAACUGUAAUUUUACAUCCUGAAUUUAAUCCCGAGUCCAGAGCAAAGGAUUUAGCGCUAAUACGAUUAACGAGACCGAUUAAAUUCGAACGAAGAAUUUCACCUGUCUGCCUUCCUAAUCCUGGUUCCACCUAUUUAGGUCAAGUAGGCACGCUAGCUGGAUGGAUUGAAAGUCGCACGCCUGACAUGACCGAUGUAAAAACUUGUCGUCCUCGGAAACUCGGAUUACCAAUUUUGGGAUAUAACGAAUGCAUCAAGUCAGGAAUUGAUUUUACCAGUUUUCAUAACGACUCUGGAUGCAUCGGUGUUAUCGGUGGAAACUCUAUAGUGUGCCAGAACGACGUCGGCUCAUCUGUUCUCUACCGAUCUUAUUCCGGAGUUUAUGAUUUGAUCGGUAUUCUGUCCGAUGUAAACAAGUGUGACGAUACGCCUAGAACAGCAAUUUUCACAAGAGUUGGUCCACAUCUUGACUGGAUAUUACAGCAGACCAAAGAAGCUUGUUAUUGCACAAAAUAACAUUUAAAAAAUCCAAUGACCAUAAUCGAUCAUUAUAUACAUAUACAUAUAUAUUAAUAAUCAUAUUUAUUUUCCAUAAUACAUUCUAUACUAUUAUACAAUUAACACCUAUCUAUACUAAUACUGUAUAAAGUAUUUAAAUAAACACAACAGUCAAUAUGUAUCUUUUAAA